GAGAGAGAGAGAGAGGUGACGGAGAGGCCAAAGGAUCUGUCUCUCUCUCAUCCUUCGCCCGCUUCUCCUUAGCUUUUCUCCUGUAGUUUUUUGUCUGGAAUCAUAGGAAGGGAGUGGGAAGAAGGGAGGGAGGAGAAAGGAGGCAGAAGAAGGGUCUUCUUUGGCUUGAGCUUUGACCCGUUCUUCUUAGCACAAUUAGCCGAUUCAAAUCCUCUUUGAUCCCCUUCUGACUUCUCCUUCUUCUUCCCCAUUCGACCAUUAAAUCCCAUCCAUCCCACCUUCGAUUAGCCGCCUACCGAAGACAUAUCUCUUGUUCUAUCUUCCAAAGCUCGCACCUUUCGUCGAUUAAGGCCUCCUUGCCGACACCGGGGGGAAAAAAAUCCGAUCUUGGUGUAAAAUCAAAGCCCUAGAGAACAACAACCCAAUCAUCAGAUAUGGGUAAUUGCUGCGCGACGCCUGUUGAUUCUUCAGAGAAGGAAAACAAGGCGAAGCAGAAGAAGGGGAAGAAGCCCAACCCCUUCUCAGUUGAGUACAAUCGAACGCCGAACUCUGGCGCUUCUAAGCUCGUCGUUCUCAAAGAGCCCCCCGGCUGCGACAUCGGAAGCCGCUACGAGCUCGGCGACGAGCUCGGAAGAGGAGAGUUUGGGGUGACAUAUCUCUGCACUGAUAAGGAGACUCGGGAGAAGUUUGCCUGCAAGUGUAUUUCGAAGUUGAAGCUGAGGACUGCUGUGGAUAUUGAGGAUGUGAGGAGGGAGGUUGAGAUUAUGAGGCAUAUGCCCCCUCAUGUUAAUGUUGUGAGCUUGAAGCAUACUUAUGAGGACGAUAAUGCCGUUCAUCUUGUCAUGGAGCUCUGCGAGGGUGGAGAGCUCUUUGAUAGAAUUGUUGCCAGGGGGCAUUAUACGGAGAGGGCUGCUGCUGCUGUUACGAAGACCAUCGUUGAGGUUGUGCAGGUGUGUCACAAGCAUGGAGUGAUGCAUAGGGACCUCAAGCCUGAGAACUUUUUGUUCGCCAAUAAAAAGGAAACUGCUGCUCUUAAAGCUAUAGAUUUUGGCCUCUCUGUAUUUUUCACACCCGGUGAAAGAUUCACCGAGAUUGUUGGAAGUCCUUAUUACAUGGCCCCGGAGGUUCUGAAGCGCAAUUAUGGGCCUGAAAUUGAUGUAUGGAGUGCUGGAGUUAUAUUAUACAUUUUGUUAUGUGGCGUGCCGCCAUUUUGGGCAGAGACUGAACAAGGAGUAGCUCAAGCAAUUAUUCGUUCGGUUUUAGAUUUUAAAAGAGAUCCAUGGCCUAAGGUUUCUGAUAGUGCGAAAGAUCUUGUGAAGAAGAUGCUUGAUCCCGAUCCAAGUAAACGUUUAUCGGCUCAAGAAGUGCUAGACCAUCCUUGGUUGCAGAAUGCGAAAAAGGCUCCAAAUGUGAAUUUGGGCGAGACAGUUCGAGCGAGGCUCCAGCAAUUCUCUGUUAUGAACAAGUUCAAAAAGAGAGCUCUCAGGGUUAUUGCUGAGCAUUUAACUGGGGAGGAAGUGGCAGGCAUAAAGGAGAUGUUCAAGAAGAUGGACAUAAACAACAAUGGAAGAAUCACCCUCGAAGAGCUCAAGUAUGGACUUCACAAACACGGGCACCAGAUUCCGGAUGCAGAUGUGCAGAUAUUAAUGGAAGCUGCUGAUGUUGAUGGAGAUGGAACUCUUGAGUAUGGGGAAUUUGUGGCUCUUUCGAUUCAUCUACAGAAGUUGGGCAAUGAUGAACAUCUUCACAAAGCCUUUGGUUUCUUCGAUCAGAACAAAAGUGGAUUCAUUGAGAUUGAAGAGCUCAGGGAUGCACUGCAGGAUGAUUUGGGUUCCAACAGUGAGGAAGUCAUCAGCGUCAUUAUCAAUGAUGUGGAUACUGAUAAGGAUGGAAAGAUCAGCUAUGAGGAAUUUGCAGCCAUGAUGAAAGCUGGCACAGAUUGGAGAAAAGCAUCAAGACAGUAUUCUCGUGAGAGAUUCAACAGCCUCAGCUUGAAGCUGUUGAAGGAUGGAUCUCUGCAGCUGAAUAAUGAUGGCAUAAAAGCCAAAUAAGAAGAAGAAGAGAGAAACCGUGACAAGCAUCUUCUUUUUUAUGGAUUUAUGAGAUUCAUUCGAGCUUUUUUUACUGGUUAUUCACUCGGGGCCAUUAUAUUCUUUCAUGCUUCUCCUUCUCUCUUCUGUUCUGUUCAGUAGGAAGCUGUUUAAGCUUUUUUGUUCUUGCUGGAGCUUAAGCAGUUGUUUUACUUGAAUGCUAAGAGUAUCUGUAUCAAAGCCCAAAAAUGAAAUGAAAGCUGGGCUUUCUGUAAAUAUGUGAUGCUUACCAUGAAUUUGGUGCUUUGGUGACUGAGAAGACUUGGCCUUCUAUCUCUGAACUUCCUGUGUGUUGUUUUGUAGUUUCUUUUUUUUUUAAUCUUUUUAAUGAUUCUUAACUGUAAUUUAUCUGAUGUAAUAGUUUUGAGGACUUGUAA